AGCAGCAAUGCAGAAUCACCAUCACAGUCUUCUAAUGGUUCUUCUAGAAACCCUAGACUUAAAGAAGCUAAAGAAACUUUAGCAGACACUUCUAAAUUUGCUUUAGAAGCUGUGAGCAAUGUAGGAGAGGCUGUUGGACCUUAUCUUCCUUUGAUAACAGCAGUAGCUUCACUUACACAACAAAUUGUAAAAGCAUAUGAAAGUGCUCAAUAUAAUAAGAAAUCAUGCGCAGCAUUAAUUGAAAGAGUACAAGCAGCUGAAGUAGCUGUUCAAGCAUUAAAUCGGCGUAAACAAGAAAAUGAAAAAAAAUUUCGCAAUCAAUCAUAUUA